UAGCAAGGAAGUUGGUUGUGUUGAUUCUUCCCCACAUAAUUAAGAAGUUGAAUGCAAAGACUAGAGAAUUAAACUUGGAGGUGGUAGAAAGCUCAGAAGAAGUCGCUGAAGUGACAGCAUUGGGAGGCAGCGGCUUUAGGUUUGUGGUCAACUUGCUUGACAGGACAUGUUCUUGUAGACAAUGGCAAGUUUCUGGCCUUCCUUGCAAGCAUGGUCUAGCAUUUAUCACAUCUCUUAUCAAUGCACACAUACAGAAUUAUGUGGACUUGUAUUACUCCAUUGACAAAUUUAGGGAAGCCUAUGACCAACUAAUUCCUGCCAUGGUUGACAAGAACCAAUGGCCUAAAUCUGACCAUGGAUUCUUCAUGUUUCCACCACUACUAAAAUCCACGGCGGGUAGGCAUAAAACUGAGAGGUAUAAAGGCUGCAGUGAGAAGAAAAGAAAAAGCGGCCAACACUUAUGCCCUAUUUGUAAGGACUAUGGGCAUCAUUGGCAUAAAUGCAAGAAGGGUAACCCAGAUGACAUUGCUGCUAUUUUAGCUGUGAGAGGACCACCAAAGAAGAGGGCAAAGACCACCAAAGCAUCAAUUGUGCCUUGCGAGGAUGAUGCUCCAGCAGCCUCUAUGUGCUUUCCGCCAAGCCAAAGCUUGGAACCUACAACUACGAAAAAGAGAAAACAUGAUAACUCAAUUACUGGAGCAUCAAAAAGCCAAAUGUUGGAGAAAACAACUAAGGAAAAAGGGAAAGGGAGUAAAUCUGGAUCCAGAGUAGCAAAAAGAUCAACAACUCAGCCCAUUUGUGUGGCCAACAAGAAAGCAUCUGUUGCUUUGAAAUUACAUGCCAAAAGAAAAGGCAAAGAGGUUGCUGAUAAGUUGCCACACCUUCCUAUGGUGCCACAUGAUAGCCCUGCAAUGGGCACACGUAGCAAAAAAAUGAAUCCUGCCAGCCCUGCAAUGAGCACACGAAGCAAAAGGAGGCUUAGCUUGUGAUUCUCAUUGGAUCCCUUUCCAUAUCAUGGUUCAUUUGGGAAACUUUUGAGCUGUUUAUGUAAUAUAUAUGUGAACCUGGGCUUUUGUAAGUGCUACAUGUGACCUUCAUGUGUUGUAUUUGACAUGAUGUGAACCUGGACUAUUAUAUGUGAACUCUAUGUGAACCUGAAUGUGUGUAGAGGACUAAAUAUGUGGACUAUUUCC